AUGUCCUACCCGCAGGGUUACUUGUACCAGCCGUCCGCCUCGCUGGCUCUCUACUCGUGCCCGGCGUACAGCACUACGGUCAUCUCCGGGCCCCGCACGGAUGAGCUUGGCCGCUCGUCGUCGGGCUCCGCGUUCUCGCCCUAUGCCGGCUCCACCGCCUUCACGGCGCCUUCACCGGGCUACAACUCACACCUCCAGUACGGGGCCGAUCCCGCGGCUGCCGCUGCGGCCGCCUUCUCCUCGUACGUGGGCUCUCCCUACGACCACACACCAGGCAUGGCGGGUUCCUUGGGGUACCACCCAUAUGCUGCACCCCUGGGUUCAUACCCUUACGGGGACCCAGCGUAUCGGAAGAACGCCACACGAGACGCCACGGCCACGCUCAAGGCCUGGCUGAACGAGCACCGCAAGAACCCCUACCCCACCAAGGGCGAGAAGAUCAUGCUGGCCAUCAUCACCAAGAUGACCCUCACCCAGGUGUCCACCUGGUUCGCCAACGCGCGCCGGCGCCUCAAGAAGGAGAACAAGAUGACGUGGACCCCGCGGAACCGCAGCGAGGAUGAGGAGGAGGAAGAGAACAUUGACCUGGAGAAGAACGACGAGGACGAGCCUCCGCAGAAAUCUGAGGACAAGGGCGACCCGGAGGGUCCCGAAGCAGGAGGAGCGGAACAGAAGGCAGCGGCGGGCUGCGAGCGGCUGCAGGGACCGCCCACCCCCGCCAGCAAGGAGGCCGAGGGCAGCCUCAGCGACUCGGAUUUUAAGGAACCGUCCUCCGAGGGUCGUCUCAGCCUGCUGCCCGGGCCCCCUCGCCACGGCAGAUCCUCCCCGGUCGGGCCUGCAGCCCCGCGGCUGACUGAAGAGCCGGCCCCGCCGUACCCCCCGGGCGCACCGGCGCUGGGCCCGCACCCGGCCUCCGGAGAGCUGCACCCGGGCCCCGGCGGGCCCUCGGUCAUCCACUCGCCACCGCCACCACCACCACAGGCGGCGCUCGCCAAGCCCAAACUGUGGUCUCUGGCCGAGAUCGCCACCUCCUCGGACAAGGUCAAGGAUGGGGGUGGCGGGAACGAGGGGUCCCCGUGCCCUGGGCCCAUAGCUGGCCAAGCCCUAGGAGGCAGUCGCGCGUCUCCGGCCCCAGCGCCUGCGCGCUCCCCCUCGUCACAGUGCCCCUUCCCGGGAGGGACCGUGCUGUCCCGUCCCCUCUACUACACGGCGCCCUUCUAUCCCGGCUACACGAACUAUGGCUCUUUCGGACACCUUCACGGCCACCCUGGGCCCGGGCCAGGCCCCACUACUGGUCCGGGCUCGCAUUUCAAUGGAUUAAACCAGACAGUGUUGAACAGAGCGGACGCUUUGGCUAAAGACACGAAAAUGUUGCGGAGCCAGUCCCAGCUAGACUUGUGCAGAGACUCUCCCUAUGAAUUGAAGAAAGGUAUGUCCGACAUUUAA